GAAAGAUCGUUGAGUGCCAGGCUGGACCAUAGAUACGUGGUAAGAGAUGCAAAAAUUUUCUCCUCCACAUCCACCAGUUUUUGGACAACUUUUGCUCUAUUUGUUUCUCGAUAGCCUAGAAAUAAACAUAAAGCCCGAACAAAGCUACUGCGAAAAUUAUGGUAGUAAAAAUCCUGAUAAAAGCGCACGCCGUCAAAGCUUCUCUCCUCCAGCUCUUCCUGGCAGCCAAAACGGUGAGACACCGGUCGCGGUGCUACGACUUGGGCUCGUCGGCGAAGAACGCGCUGACGCUGCACAAAAUUGUGCUGACGGAAACGCAGGGCUACUUGGAGAGAAAGGAGUGGGUGAAUCAGAUUCACAAGCGGGACAGGAAACUCGAACGACUGCAGGAUAUGCUGGUGGCGGAACAGGUGAAACUAAAAGCUGCAGCAGAUGUUGAACAACUACAAGCGCGUGGUCCCGAUUCUUGGCCCGAGCAGCACCUCCAAGCAACAUCCGAUCAUUUGAAGAUGAGGACAAAUAAAGCGGCCCGCGGUCCGCUUAGCCGCGUGAAUUUUCAUCCGUGGCGGCGCGCGCAACGCCUGGAAGACUACCGGAUGAUGCACGAACACCUCGCGGAGAUGGAAUCUCUGGAAGAAGAGCGCAAGAAGAUCGUGGGCGCCAACGAGGAGACAAGCUCUUUGAAAAAGAAGCACGCGGAACUGAAGCGGACGGCAAUCCGGCUGAAAAAGCAGAAUAUCGAGAAGCUGAAGGAAACCGCGUAUUACGCAAGAAAAAAACUAUGUGAGUGUAAGUCUGUGAUGCAGAAAAUGCAAAAAAGUAUACACCUGUCAUGCUGGGUGUCUGUCAUAAGCUACUCGCAUACGUGUUUCCACGUUCUAGCUGCGCACGACAGGUGUUCCCUGCAAUUCAAAACGAAUUUGUGAUGCUGCUCCUCCUACACCUACGCUUACACAGGUUUUUUUCCUUGAUACGUAUUCGGCCUUCACCACCGGGCGCGGUUUACUCCCCCUGCUCGGUAUCGGGGGCGUGCUGUUUGGCUACUUCCACUUUCAUUUCCGGUUCCCGGCCCUCGCGAAGCCCCUCGGGCACGUGCUCAGCUCUAUCUACCUGUUCUACUAUUGUGAGCAAAAAUCCCCCCUCCCCAUACCAAAGCGGGAUACUUCUGAAAAUUUGUGAUGCUGAUUUGAGGCCACAGAUCGUCUCUGUAUUGCCAGAAGGCAAAUCCAAAAACCUGGCCGCGUUCUGCAGGCAAUUUGUAAUGCUGCAUGGCCUACCCCUACGGAGGAUAUGCCUGCCUUGCUAGGCGCCCACACGAAAACGCCCCUACUCCGGCUUUGUAUCUGUUUGCAGUCCUCUAUUGCAAGACAAAUCCGACUUGUGUACACAAAUCCCGCAUCACAGAUUUCCAUUUCGAUAAGGGGAGGGGGGAUUUUUCCUUCUGAUAUCUACGCCGUCGUGUUACUGAAAGGAAAAACUCCCCCCUCCCCAUAUUGAAGAGGUACGUUCCCGAAAAUUUGUGUUGCUGAUUUGAGGUCACAAAUCGCAUCUGUCUUGCAAGAAGACACGGGCAGAAGCUUCCGCCCCAUUAUGGAAGCGGUUUGCCAUGCUGUUGGGCCUGAAGGGGAGCCGUUUGCCAUGCUGAACAACUAGAGCCAUACGCCCCUACCUAGCCCGGGGAUCUUGGCGCAAUGCCUUCCUGCAAUACAAAGCUGAUUCGUGUGCACAGCUCCAGCAUCAGAAAUUCCGCUUGGAUAUGGGGAGGGGGGAUGUUUCCUUUCGAUGCGUGUUUCUCGAAAAGUGCUUUGGCGACAACGUGAUCGACUUUCUCACGACCAAGCUGCACGUGCCGCCAAGUUUCGCGCUGUUUGAUUGGUUAUGCAUUGCAAAAGUACCGUUACCGUAACCGUACUCGUAUAAAUGCAUUACAAAUUUCCUCAGCUGCAUGAGAAAUAAAAAUUUGUAAUGCAGAUUUUCGCUAAGAAAAAGAUUUCGAUUUGUAAUGCAAGGCUUGCAUUUGUACGAACGAGUACGAUAGUUUUGCAAUGCAUAUUGGUUCUUCGACUACGCCCUGGACAUCGACCGGAACAAAAUCUUACUCUCCGAUGAUUUUCAAACGGUAGUGCGGGAGCUGAUGUUCCUUUCGCACACCCUGGCUAUGCGGUUGGGCAAGACCUUGGAGGAAGUUUUACCCGGGUACGAAACCAUGAAUUUUGUGGAAGAUGAUGAGUCCGCUGGUACCGAUCAUAGUGUCGCCGACGCAACAACGGCGGGAGGUGUACUACCCGCGACCUCGACUGUAUCCGGUGUCGGCGCGGUGCCACCCCAAACUACUGCGCUACUAGAUUCCGCCACUGCCGCAUCUUCCUCUGUAACAAGUGAAAACAACUCGUUUUUCGGAACCAGAGCCUCGCCUUCGAAUGCGACCAUAAUAGGAGACGCAAUACUCUACUACUUUUUCGGCCGCAGUAGAACAGACGUCGACGGGGUCGGGGUCGCCGGGAAAAAUGCUGGUACGAAAGGCGAUCACGAUAAAAAUGCUACAUUGCCACGAGCAGCUGCAGCACUAUUCCAACUGCUGGAAACUAUACGAGAUUUUCUGUACUAUUUGGUCUUCUGGAUUCCAGCGAGAGCACUUCUUCUUAUCUCCACCGGGGCGCAUAUGGAUGUGUCAGAGUUGAAAUCGACAAAGUUGAAAUAACUUGUAAUGCAUAAAAUCGAUACCAUGCGCAAGUCCAAUUUGUAAGCGGCGCAUGACAAAUUUGAGUAGAGUCGAAAUCCAGUUUGUAACGCUGUUUGGGUAAGGAGGACGCCUUUUGUGAUGCUACUUGAGCAGCUCUAUUUCUACCCCGAAACAGGCUCACAAUCUGCCUCCCUUGCCUACUCUGCAAGACAGGCAUUUUCUGCGUUGCAUUUUAUGCAUGACAAACUAUUUCAACUUUGACGAUUUCAAUCCUGACAGUUCCAUAGCGCAGACAAUAGGUGGCUUUUGCUCGGUCUACUACGGUAUCCUGACCACCUGUCUCUCCAAGGUGUUUGCUGGCCUUCUGGGCACUUUCUGUCACGCAUACAUGUAUUUCUUUCUGAAAAACCCGACGAGGCUCCUGAAUGUUGGCAUUCCGCUCGUCCUGCUCGCGGUGGUCUUUUUAGAACGGUAUGUCCAGGGGGAAAAAAAUGUCGUGCGGCUCGUGUAGUGACAGUGAGAUUGUUCAUGACAGCGUGUAUUGUAACGAUCCAACAAGAUGAGCAACAGCAAUCUUGUAAAGAGAUCCUCGGAAAGAGAUGUUGUAAGUACUACUCCUGCGAAUGUAGUGAUUGUCAUGCAUGCAGCUCGGAGGUAAGACGAAAUAACUAAGAUAUAGAUCAUCAUCCGAAAUGGAGCGACUCCAAAAAAGACUCGCUACACUUCUGGGCCGCGGCGGUUCCUUUUUCCCUUGGAUACACCGGUGUUUAUCUGCACGAAGUAUUUGGUGGGAAAACAUUUGUUUUUCUUUCAUCCCGGCAACAUGUUUUGAUUUCGACGAGCACUAAUAUACGGGUGCUGAUUUUUAUAAAAUCGUUUAGAAAAAGACCUGCGAGGAGGCCCGUCGUCCCAUGUUGCAAGCCUGAACGUGUGGAGUUUGUGAAACAUCGACUCGAGAAACUGCUCUGGAGGG